AAAGACAAGUCAUUCGAAAAUGUUUUGACAAAUAAUUUCAGCAAUAUUCACAAUAAUCACAAUGCCUGUCUCUAUUUUCACAUUAUUAGGAAAAAUAUGAUUUAAAUAGAACAUAAACCAACUUAAGCUAUAAACUGAUUUAUAUUUGAAUUUCCAAUACCAUAUACUUACCGUAUUUCAUCAUGAAUAGAAAAACGAAUAAAAAUAACACGAAAAGGAGAAGCUUACUGGUCGCUCCCGUAGACAAGCUGGUCAAUGAAACGGACUCGGACAAUUCUUUAUCAUCCAAUGAUCAGCUCUUCAAGAACCAGACUUUGGUGAUGGACCUGCACGGGACGCAGAACGAGGAGUUGCCUGACAAUCCACUUCCUGAGGUGAAAACUCGAAAGCUCUUAAAGAAGAAACGGCCCAAACCUGAUGAAGACCAGGAUCCGAACGCAGGCAGCCUGACCAGCAGUUCCGAGGGCUCCGUGGUUCCACCAGGGCCGGAGAACCAGGAGGAGUUCUUUGAUGCCCAUGAAACCUUAAUUAUUCAAGAUAACCAAACAACUGCAACACUCAAUCGUCUCAGCGUCACAUCAAAACAAACGAACAAUCCUGAAGGCAAACUAGCCACACCGCAGCACACCUCACAGGAGAAAUCAGUACAGGAGAGUACCGCUGUCUCAGACGCUACCACGGCGGCCGUUGUUAAACAAGACACUGGGACCGGGCUGACGCCUCUGACGAGCGCUAAACCUAUUCGGCCAAAAAAUCCAGAGUGAUUCUACGACAGAGAUCAAAACUAAAGACAGUACCUACAAAAUGACUACCUGCCUCUGUUAGAAUUCACAAAAACUGCAAAAAUAAAAAUUGAAACAGUU